GGAAGCUGUUCGUAUAUAUAUUCUGGUUAUUUAAUUCGAUAAGACUAUAAUAUUUAUAAUUUUUAAUAGAAAUUGUACGCUGUUUCCGUCUUUAAUUUUUUAAAAAAUUCAGUUGUAAAUCAUGAAAUUCGGUAGUCAGCUUCGAGUGGCCCUCUACGGUGAAUGGAAUGAAUAUUAUCUUGAUUAUGACGGUUUAAAAAAACAUCUCAAACGGGGGGAGAAAAAGGAAGGAGGAUAUACGGAAAAAGAUGAGAGUGAAUUUGUUGAGAAGUUGGACAAAGAAUUGGAAAAGAUUUAUGCUUUCCAAAACUCGAAAUAUGAAGAAAUCAAGGGUCGUGUUCAACAUUGUGAAAAUUCCGUCGCAUCUAUAAGCAAUGUCCCUUCUAUGAAUGUGCCGGAUAGAUAUGCCGAAGUUGAACGGGAGAUUAAUGACAUCACCGAGGAGCUGAAUGAGCUCGCAAAAUACGCCCGUUUAAAUUAUACGGGCAUAAUGAAAAUUAUUAAAAAGCACGACAGACGUACAAGUUACAAUCUGCGUGCCAUGUUCAGCGUCCGUUUGAACGCGUGCCCAUUCUAUAAAGAAACCUUUGAGCCAAUAAUUGUUCAACUUUCCAGGUUGUAUCACAUUGUUCAUCAAGGGUUAGGUGAUCAAUCCGAUGUACGACCAUCCACCCCUAAUUUUUCAGCUUUGUCGACAUCAUGGAAACCUUCUACAUCCGAAGAGAGAGCCUUAAUUCAAACGAAUAAAUAUUGGGUGCAUCAGGACAAUAUAAUGGAAGUUAAAACUUCUAUUCUUCGUCAUCUUCCCGUUUUGGUUUAUAAACCUGGUACUGAUUCUUCGAUUACUUCUAUAUAUUUCGAUAAUGAAGUGCUUGAACUUUAUCAAGAUAAAGUUGAUCGUAAACCUGGUGAUCAAAUUAUAAGGUUACGAUGGUAUGGUAAUAAAAAGAACACCAAAGACAUCUUUGUGGAGAGGAAAAUACGUGAACAGGGAGAAGAUGAAGUCAAGGAGAGAUUCUUGAUAAAAGAGAAGCAUGUUAAUGCUUUCUUAAAAGGAGAAUAUGCAAUGGAAAAAGCGAUCAAUAAAAUGAAGGAAGAUCCUUCAAAAACAGAUGAAGAUAUUCAACAAUUUCAAAAACUAAUCAAAGAUAUACAAGAUAUCAUCAAGGAAAAGAACUUAUCGCCUGUUCUUCGUACUUAUUAUAACCGUAUGGCAUUUCAAAUUCCUGGCGAUCAGCAUGUCAGAAUAUCACUCGAUACUGAUUUUUAUAUGGUUCGCGAGGAUAAUUUUGACAAUACACGCCGUCGUGGGGAAGAUGAGUGGCGUCGCAAUGAUAUUGAUGGCGAUAUGUUUAGUAAAUUACCAUCAACUGAAUGUGCUAAAUUUCCUUUCGCCGUAUUGGAAGUCAAACUCAAGUUAGAUGAAGGAGAACAGGAGCCGGCUUGGGUUAAAGAAUUAGUUAGUAGUCAUUUAGUUGAAGAAGCUCCUCAAUUUUCGAAAUAUGUUCACGGAGUUGCCACAGUGUUUACUUCCCAUGCACCUUCUCUUCCAUAUUGGUUACCAAAUAUUGAUAAAGAUAUAUUAAAACCACCGAAUGCUCGUCAAUCACAAGAGGAGGAGGAGGAUUAUCCUGAAUCAUCUACUUCACACGUAGCACGUCCAAAGCGUACCAUGUCAGGAAAAAACGUUAUUAACGUCGAAGUUGUAGGUGGUAGAAGAGACAGGAAAAACAAAGGCAAAGCUGUUGACUAUAAUAUUGAAGAAGCAAGAGGUAACGAAGAUGCUUCUUUACUCGAAGAAGAGGAAGAGGAGGAAGAGGACGAACAACAAAGACCGAUGGGUGUUAAAACUAUUCGUAAAAUAUUUCAACGAAAAAAACGUUCAGGACCCGAAGAAGUUAUUUUGCCACCAAAUAUUAGUAUGCCGCAUAAGAUUAUUACGCCCGUACGUGUGGAACCAAAAGUUUUCUUUGCCAACGAGAGAACCUUUUUCCACUGGAUGAGAUUUAGUGUAUUGUUGGGCUCAUUUUCUUUAGCAUUAUUUAAUACUAGUGGUGAUGAUAGAGUUGGGUACAUGUGUGGAUUUAUUUACGCAAUUAUUAGUGUCGCUGCGCUUAUAUAUUCAUUAAUAAAAUAUAAUAAGAGACUUACAAUGAUCAAUAAUCGAGAACCUGGUCCUUAUGAUGAUGUCCUUGCACCUCCGUUGGUUUGUAUUUCACUAGUUUUUGCUAUAGGGCUUAACUUCUAUUUGAAGUACAAUCCUACUAAGGUUGAAGGUAGCGAAGAUCUCAACAAUGAUAUCAAUACAUAUAAUAAUGUUGAUACUUCCUCAUUUUAUUCAGAACAUUCAAAACCAUUUGUGUUUAAUAUGCAAAAUGUAUAAAUGUUAAAUCGCUUUUUUUUUAUACCUCAUUCCAUUAGAUAGAAAUUUCUCUGUGUAAAAUAUUAUCGAAAAAAAAUUAAAGGGUUUUUUUUAAAUAAAAAUGAUUCAAUGUU